AUGGCGGCGCCUGCGACCUCACCUGACGUGAUUGUCAUAGGCGCUGGCCUCGCAGGGCUCUCGGCUGCGAGGAAUCUCGCCAAAGGUGGCAAAACCGUCCUCGUCCUUGAAGCUCGGGAUCGCGUCGGCGGCCGGACGCACUCCGUGACCGAGGGUCCCUAUACCAUCGACCUGGGCGCGCAGUUCAUAGCCGACAAGCAGCGCCGGAUUUCAGCCCUGGUCGACGAGUUCGGCAUCACCCGCGUGGAGCUGGAUGCCGAAGGCAAAACACUCCACCGCGAUGGGCCCGGCUCGAAGGUGAAGCGGGUGUCGGAAGACUACUUACCCCUGUCCUGUCUUGGCCAGUUGGAUGCACUUCAGUCGAUCUUGCGGGUGGAGAGCAAAGUCAAGGCCCUCUCAGAUGCGGACCUUGAGAAGCUGGACGGCAUCAGCUUCACUGAGUACAUGCGUCAGAAGACUUUCUUACAGUCUUCGCGGUCAGCGAUAUCGCUCAUGGCCCAAUCAGAGCUAUGCGUUACCACCGACGAAAUCUCUGCCUUCGACUGUCUUCAGCAGCUGAAAACCAUGGGCGGAAUGCAGGUAGAGGCCGAGGAGUACUACAUGAAAGAGGGCAGUCAGUCGAUCGCAAAGCGGAUGGCCGCAGACCUGGGCGAUGCGGUCAUGCUGUCCUCUCCAGUAUCUGCAAUCGACCUCUCCGGUGAGUCCAUUAAGGUGACGGCCAAAGAUGUGACGUACAGCUCCAAGUACGUCGUCGUUGCUGUGCCCCCGCAGCUAUAUGCUAGCAUAGGUUUGCUGCCGGUGCUGCCGCCACAUCGGCAGAGCGCACUGGAAGGGUGGGUUACGGGCACGGCGAUCAAGACCAUCCUAGUCUGGCAAGAGCCCUGGUGGACUCCGUCUCGGCUUUCCGGAAAUGUCAGUGCUCCGAAGGAUAUCUUCAACUCCGUGAUGUCGGGCUCCUGUGCUGCCGGCCAGCCGGGGGUGUUGGUGCUCUUCUCAACGGGUCCCAGUGGCAAGGAGCUGAUGAAGACCGAGUCGGAGCAGGGCCGGAUCGACAAAGCACUGGACUUCUUGGCAGAGAUGUUUGGACGGACAAUACCCACUCCGGUGGCUGCUCGAUCGACGAACUGGUGUGCCGAGCCCCUCAGCCUUGGCGGCUAUGCCUCCUACGCAGCCCCGGGCACGCGCAAGAAGGCCCCCGACCUCUUCGAGUCCUUCCGCGGGAUCCAUUUCGCAGGGACAGAGACUGCAGAUGAAUGGCGCUCUUACAUGGAGGGAGCGAUUCAGUCAGGAGAGCGGUCCGCAAGAGCAAUCAUUGCCGCAAUGACCGCUUCCUGA